UACAGCACAGAGAAACAAGCGGCGACUCAGCAUGUGGCUGCAGCGGUAUUUUUGUUUUGAUUUGUGCUGUAUUUUCAUCAUGCCGGCGAUCCACCGACAGCCUGAGCGUUUGCCAGAUGUGAGGCGAUUUGAUGAGAUGUUUUUCUGAAUGUUUGGUGUGUUAGGUUAGCUUUUCAGCCGGCUAAACGUUAGCAUCCCUCUCCACUUUGCUAACUAACUCCAGUGUUACUCAGCGGAUGCAAUAAAUUAAAUGCAUGCUCCUGAUUUCAUCGAACAACGCCCUUAAUGCCUUCACCAUGACUGAGAGAGCAAACAAGGGCAAGCACCAGCGGAGUUUAUCCGUGUCCAAGAACAAGAAGAAAGGAAAUGUUAAAUCUGCUAUUUCUGCUGGAGCUGCAGCCACUCCGAUCACCUCGUUCUUCUCCAACCAGCCUCCACCCAAGCUGGCCUGUCCUCUGUGCGGCCAGUUCGUACCAAGGUACACAAUCAAUGAACACAUCGAUUUGCAGUGUCAGAAGUUUGAUAGAGAAAACAGCGCCGCCUCGGCCGGUGACAGUGCUGUGCCAAGCGUGCAGUCACCCAAGAGGAGUCCCAUGAAGUCCCCACAACUGAGUGAGCAAAAGGAAGACACCAAAGAGACCAACACUAGCCCUUAUUUCAAAAAGCAUUAUUCUCAGCAGACUCCACGGGAGGUACACAGUAAGUCAGUGGUUAGGACAAUUGACUUGGGCAGUCUCUCCUCCAAGCUUUCCAGGAAGUGCCAUAAGGUUCCUGUGAGGACACACACGCAGGAUGAGCAGGUGCCGGCUUAUCCCGACAAGGAGAAAACAAGCCCCGAGACACUGAGCAGCUCACAGAAAGAAAAUCUUCUGAGUUUAGAGGAUGAAGAAGAUUGUGUGAUCCUCGCUGGCCUGGCAAGUGUCAACAAUGUUGAAACCCCAAGUGCGCUGGCGGCUCCAUCAUGUUUACAAAGAGGUGACAGUCUUGAACACAAAGCAAGUAAAUCAAAGACCAUCCACUCAGUGCCUUCUCCAAAGCCGUCCUCGCCAUCCUCCAAACUAACAAAACGAAAAAAGGGCAAGGCUCCCGGAGGCAGGAUGUCUUCCUUUAGAAAGAAAGCAAAAUAUGAGAAGAGCAGCACAGAGCCAGAGGAGAGAUUGUCUAGUGAAGGUCCAGAGGAGACAGCUGAUAUGGACCAACACAGAUCUGAGGAACCUUCAACCUCCUCCUUUGACCCCCCGAAGGAAACACAUGACAGAAACCCCACAGCGAUCCACAGUGAGAUGGUGGCAGUCAAAACCACCAGUGAGAAGGCUGAAGAGAGCUCUCAUCCCCCAAGGUUGCCCUACUACCUCCGUAACUUCCGGACAGUCCUGGAGGCUGUGCUGGAGAAUGAGGACGACAGGGCGCUGUUCAACCAGGACGAUAUGUCACUCAUACACACAUUUGAGAAGCUCUCAGUCAUGGGGCAGAAGCUGUAUGUGAGACUUUUCCAGAGGAAACUGAAAUGGCUCCAAGUAAACAAACUGGAUUAUGAGGAGAUAUGCAGUGACCUGGGGCCUGUUGCUCAAGAGCUGGUUCAGAGUGGUUUUCUGCAGUCAGAAAAUGACCUUCAGGACCUGGUGGAGGCUCUGGAUCUUCUGCCUGCUCCAGAGCUCAAAGGUCUGGCUAAGACGUUUCAUCUGGGAGGCUCAGGGACUCAGAAACAGCAGCUAGUGGAUGGGCUUCUCCGUCUGAGCAGGCAGAAGUCCCUCUUCGCUCAGACUCCUGGUCAGAGCAACAUUGGGGCUGUCAUCCUCAAAAGGGCAAGGCAGCUCGCAGGUUCCUGUGUGCGUCUGUGCCGCGGCCCCCGGGCUGUCUUCUCUCGCAUCCUUCUCCUCUUCUCUCUGACGGACACUAUGGACGAGGAGGAGAUGGCGGCUGGUGGGCAGGGCCAGCUCUACACCAUCCUGUUGGUCAACUCUGGUCGCUUGGCCUUCCCCGACUACACGGUGCAGCGCAAGGCCAAGCUGUUCCAAGACAGAGAGGAGCUGAUCAGAUAUGAGGCAUCAAUGCGAGCUCUGCAAGAGGUGAUCUCAGCCAUGCAGGCGGGCCAGUGGGAAGAGGCCCUGGAGCUUUACACUGCCGCCAAAAGAGCCUGGCAGGAGCUAAGGAAGACCUGUGACCUCAGUCACCAGGAGAACCUGCCGGUGUUCCUGCGUAGCUUCACCACAGGCUGGGCCUACACUCGAAUCUUGUCCCGGGGGGUGGAGAUCCUACAGAGGCUACGCCGCUAUGAGGAAGCAGUGGAAGAGCUGCGGUCCUUACUGGCUCAGGCUGCUUAUUGUCCCGACAGCCGGGGGCGAUGGUGGGACAGGCUGGCACUGAACCUUCACCAACACCUCAAGCAACCUGAGCAAGCCAUUUGUGCUAUCAGAGAUGGGCUGUCAGAUCCUCUGGUGCGGACGGGACAUCAGCUGGCCCUCCACCAGAGAGCGGUUAGGAUGAAGGAGUCGGCCAGCUUGAAGAAGUACCGCCUGCAGCUCAGAGACCUGCCCACAAUCCACAUCAGUGAUGUCAGACAUGUGACCAUCCGAGGACAGCUGUUUCCUCAUGAGGGGGGCAUGGGGAAAUCUGUUUUCCUCAUGCCAGCAAAUGAAGAGGCAGAAGAGAGUGGGAAUGCCACUGUGAUGUGCUCUGUGGAGGAGCUGUGUCUAGCACACUACCGCCAGCAAGGCUUUGACCAAGGGAUCCAUGGAGAGGGUGCGACAUUCUCUACUUUAUUUGGUCUUUUGUUAUGGGACAUCAUUUUCAUCGAUGGUAUUCCUGAUGUUUUCCGAAACCCUUACCAGACCUGUCCGCUGGACCUUUUCACCGAUUGUUUCUAUGAGAACAGAAAAGAGGCGAUCGAUUCUCGUGUGGAAGUACUCUGUGAGGCCUCUGUAGAGACUCUGCAUAGCAUGUUGGAGGAUGUCUGGACGUCCCAGGAGGGUAAAGUGUGUGCACUGCUCAACUGGGAGCGCUUCACUUCUCUUCAGCAGGCACAGAGUCUGGUGUCAUGCCUUGGCGGAGCCUUUUUAGGAGGGAUAUUCACACGGAUGGCAAAGGACUACAGACACUGCCGUGCAGGUCUGCCUGACCUGGUGGUGUGGAGCACCUCAAACUACAGCUACAAGUUGGUGGAGGUAAAGGGGCCCAGUGACCGCCUGUCCCAGAAGCAGCAGAUCUGGCUGGAUGAACUGCAGAAGCUGGGGGCUGAUGUGGAGGUGUGUCAUGUGACCGCCACGGGGGCCAGAGGAGCUCGUCUGGAGUGAAGAGAAACCCAAGGACUGACAGACAUCGCUUUGCUGCUAAUUAACCAAUGACUGUGAUCAAAAUAAUGGAGGCAUCAACAGAAAUUAUUGGGGAGCAUAUCUCGUCUGACUGACAUAUGGUUUAGGUUGUGACAAUUGCAAAUGAUCAUCUUAGCCCUGACACUUGCUGAUAGAGAGUGAAAACAUAAUCCACAUUACAAUAUCUUCAAUACAUGUACAGUUUCCAUCCUGUAUGAUUAUAGAGAAGGCAUUGAACUCAAUAAGACUGUACUCUAUGACAUGUAGCAUCAUCAUCCUAUAAACCAUCACAUCCAGCAGGAAGAAGUGCAUCAUGGAACGAAGGCCCUCACACGGAAUUGCCAGUUGGAGAAUAUUUUUAGAUCUCUAACAGAUAAUUGGAGCGAAGGCAUGGCAGGAAAUGGAUCCUGCAACAGCACAGAUCUGUUGGUGUUUCCUUUGCUUUUGUAACACUAUGUUCACAGGAUCGCUCGUUGCCAAGCAACAAAUACUCACAUUUUGUUGGCCACUGAUGAAAUAUGUGACAGCUCUGAGUUUGUCAUGCAAGUAAUUACUGUGAUCAUGUGCCUAUAAAUAUGCAAAUAGUUUUGCUGCUACUGUAAAAAAAAAAAAA